AGUUAGGAGCGAAACUGCUAAUUUUAGUGUUGCCAUUAUUGCCUGGAAAUAUGGCAACUUUAUGUGACAUAGAACUCUACAAAAAGCAAAGCAACCUAGCCUGCGAAAACAAACGCAAAGCAACAAUACAAACGCAGGCGAAAUCAAAUUAUAAGACACAGACGUAAUAUAUACGUGAAAAACUAGCUGGCAACAAUAACAGUUGCGUGUGUUAAUCCAAAUGUCAAGAAAAACUAGCAAAAAGCGACGGAUCAAAUAAAAAUUGAGUGCUUAGUGUAAAUUAACUAUGACUUCGGUUAUAUAUGUGGAAUUGAGCUCGGAUUCGGAGGAGGAGGUAAAAGCACCAGUGACAGCGCCAACAAUGUUCAGCUGGUGUAGAAAAGGUCCACCCGAUGUAAAGCGACCGCGUCGAGAGCUGACAAAGGUGUCUACUUCGAAAACCUUGCCAACGAAAUUGUUGCACAUACCAAAAGCUUCUAUUGUCACGCCAGCCAGUGGGAUUAAGGUCACGCCUACUGCAACGGCAGUGACAACGGCGACAGCUGCUGGAACCGUGGUCGGGACAUACAGGUCCAUGCACAUACCCAGCGGCAUAACGGUAACCAAGCACAACAACAGCAAUGGCAAUUUCAACAUGUCCACUGCCAAAGUCACAGUCGAAAAUAAUAACAAUAGUAACAAUAAUAAUAACAAUAAUAAUGUGAAUUACAAACCAUUUAAAGUGGCAAGUGGCACCUGGUCGAAGACAACAACGGGCACCACCAUGGCAACAAUUACCAGCGUACCCAGUCCACAGACGCUGACAACAAAGCCGGCGCAAAGAUCCGGCACAGUCCAGCAAAAUACGACGAUAAAACAAAAGUCAAACCCAACUGCAGCUCCACAAAAAACUAUACUGCAUCAACUACAACAGCAGCAGCAGCAGCAGCAGCAAAAACAACAACUACAGCAGCAGCAGCAGCAGCAAAAGCAACAACUACAGCAGCAGCAACAAAAACAACAGCAGCAUAUUCAGCAGCAGCAAAAACAACAGCACCAUCUUCAGCAGCAGCAAAAACAACAGCAACAGCUUCAGCAGUCGAAGCAAAGGCCAGCAACGCCCAUCAAACAACAGCAGAAGCCACCGAUAGCUGCAGCACAAGUGCAACAAAAGCAUGGUACGACACCAACAUCCACUCUCCAACAGCAACAGAAGCUGGCGACGACAACAUCUAUGCAUCAGCAGCAGAAGCAGGUAGCAUCGGUGUUGCAACAGCAGCAGCAGAAAUCCACAGCAAUGUUGCAGGUGCAGCAACAGCAACUGCAGCAAAAGCCGUCCAUUACGAUGUCAGCAAUGCAGAUGCAGAUGCAACAGCAACAAAAGCAACAAUCUACACCAACUCUACCGACACAAAAGCCAAUUUUGCUGCAACAGCGACUGUCGAAGCCUCCCCUGCAACAACAGCAGCAACCGCAACAACAGCAGCAGCUGAAAGCACAGCCAGUAAACCAGCAAAUAAUGUUAACCAAAAAGCUGCCAGUUAAGCAAACGGCCAAGCAAACAGCGCCGCAACGUUUGCCCACCUUGCAGAAGAUGCCGCUGAACGUGACGUUGACGUCGCCCGCCACCCAACAGAAGCUGCCGCCGCCAGCCCACAGUGCCAACAGCAGCAGCACCACCAACAACAGCAGCAACCUGCUGCUGCAGAAACAGAAGAUGCAGCAGCAGCAACAGCAGCAACAACAGCAACAACAACAACAGCAGCAACAGCAGCUGGUAGCACCGCCGCCUGCGCAUCAUGCGACCAGUCAGCUAGCCAAGCUCACGUCAAUGCCCAUGUUGAGCAGACAGAAUAUCGUGCUGCCAACGCCAACGUCAAUUAAUAGUGCAGCGCGCACACUGCCCUACAAAAUGAAGACGACAAUAGCAACAUCUACGGCUGUAGUGACAACAGCUGCAGCAACAGCGACAACAACAGCUCCAACUGCGGCAGCAACAGCUGCUGUCCUGCGCAACGUUCAACAGUUUACGCCCAGCAGCAAUAGCAUCACAUCAGCUGGCGCCACGCCGCCUUUACGUCUAUUAGCCACGCCUCCGCAUUGCGCGGCAGCCCUAAAUGAGCCUCUGUUGCUCAAUUUGCCACCCACGACUAGUAUAACGCCACAGCUGACGCCAACAACAACGCCACCGCCAACAGCAACAUCAACAACAGCAGCUGCAACAGCUGCAGCUGCUGCUAAGAUUACCUUUCCGGGUGCAAGCAUUUCACCUGUCCCUAAGCCGGCGACGAAGCGCGUGCAGCCCAUCACAGUGCUCAAGAAAUCCGAUGAAGAGUGGCGGCGGCACAUAGCGCAACAGCAGCUCGAGCAGUGUCACAAGCCAAAAGAGCAGCCCAUUGCCACGCCCACCAUUGUGCUAGUCGAAUCGCCGCCCACUACGCCACCAACAGAAAAGGUGGAUAGCAGCAGCUCCGCUCCAGCUGCUUCAACAGCAACCUCAACUCCGGCUGCCGCUGCUGCUGCUCCAGCUACAACACGUCCGCCACUUGUGCCGGAAUAUGCGGCCUUGCUGCAGCUAUGCCGUGAGCUGGACAAAUCGCCGGAUAUGGAGCGAUUGAUUGACAUAAAGCUGAUGAAAUACUAUUACAGUGUCCACGAGAACUUUGUCCGUUCACGUGGUUUUCGCAAGCAAUUGGAACAGACCAUGGAGCGCAUGCGAAAUGAGCCGGACAUGAUUUAUGUGCAUCUGAAAUAUGUGGUUGAUGAGCUGAAGGUGCGACGUAAGGCCAAAGCCGUAGAGCUGCCACCUGACGAGCCGGAAGAGAAGCCAACAACAGCAGCAGCACCGGCAGCAGCAGCAGUAGCAGCUCCAGUGCCAACGCCAACUGCAUCUGAGAUUAAAAGUGCACAGCCAGCUCCUGCUGCUCCCGCGGCUCCUGCUAGCACCGGCAACAAGCGCACCGAUGAGCGCAUUAGAAAAUUGAAUCGCACUCUGCACACCAUUACGAAACGUAUUAGCGCCUUGGAGGAGGCGGAUGUUGAUUGGAAUGACGAUGAUGACUCCAGCUAUCUGCAGGUGGAGCGCUACAAGAAGCGCGCCUGCCAGAUCUAUGAGAAAAUCUGUGAUUUAACCGGUGAAAGUAAGAGCGCCCAUCGCCAGAUGAAGCAGCCCAUAGUAUUUAAGGAUACGCCAUAUCCACAAUUUAACCGCACACUCUCCGCGUUCGUCAAUCGCAUGCACGAAUUUCCCGAUUAUCAUGAUGUACUCCAGCUGCUGGAGCACUGCAAUAAGGAUAAGAAUCUGGGUUUGGCUACAUUCGAAAUGAAGCGCAUAGCUCAUGACGCCUUCGUUAAGGUGGGUCGCCUGCUGCAGGCGAGGCGCAAGACUGAUCUCUAUGAGACCGUGACUCAUUUUACGGCCAAUGCCAAGGAUCCGGCUGCCUCGGAUGCAACCCUGCUGGCUAAGCUGAAUGAGAACAACAAAAAGCAAACCAAAAUCAGCGACAUUCUAGAAAAAUUUGCUCGUGAGCAGGAUCUCACCAGCGAGGAGCAGCGAGAGGCGAGACUAAAGGAAAAACAAGCUGCGGCAGCCGCUGCAGCUGCUGCAGCAGAAACAACAAUAACAACAACAGCAGAAGCAGAAGCGGCAACAACAUCAGCAGCAGCUGGAGAGGCAGAUUCUAAGCAUGAAGCUGUUGCAAAUCUGGACGAUGAGAAGCCCUGCACCAGCGCUCAGGCACAGGCGCAGGCAGCCCAACAAAUCGACUUAACGAAUGGCCUAGAAAGAUGCGAGAGCGACAGUGACGAGGAGGAUGAGGAUGAUGAGGACGAUGAUGAAACGGACGAGGAUGUGGAUGCCUUUGUUGAUAAUUUUAAAGCAAACGGCGAUAUUAGCGAUGUUGAAUCCGAUACGGAGGCAAAUGCAGCACCAAAGACAUCUGCUGCUGCCGCAACGGCGGCUGCUCCUGUGAUAGUUAAUAAUGUAACGAGAGUCAAGACUACUGCUACUAAUGAUAAUAAUAAUGCUGAUGAUAAUGUUGAUGAGAGUGCUUCAGCAGAGGCUGCCAAGGCGUUGCCCAACGGCAAGCUGAAGGAUACGCCUGCUGCCCAGAUACUAAAGGUAAUUUCCGUUUCUAGUCUAAAUGCAACUGUAUCUACAACCAGCAACAAUAACAACAACAAUAGUAAAAGCAACAACAAGAAUAUUAGCAACGCAGAGCAGCCGCCGCAGCAGCAGGAGCAGCAGCAGAAAAACCAGCAGCGAGAAAAGCAACAGAUCACAGAAAUUAUCAUUUCGGAUGAGGAGUCAUAAAUGUUCCUCGUCCUUCAUUUCCCAUCAUCAGCAUGUUAGUUUAUGUUUUCUUUAGUUAGAAUUUAUUUAUUUAUCUCAUAUUGCGCACAAUUUGUUAUACUUCCAUAUACGAUAUAUUAAUUGUUUUCAAUUAUAUUUGUAUUCUAUGUAUCAUAUAUAUAGAUAUUUAAAUUUAGUUUCCAUUAAUUAUACACAGCACUUUGUGGAUGCUGUUUAAUAACUGUAACUUUUUUAGUGCGCAACAAAAUGCUUAGAUAGUGUAUAUAUGAAAUGCAACUACUAUUACAUUUAAGUGUAUGUUUUAAAAAAACACUAAUGGCAUAAGAAAUAAAAUGAAAAAAUCAAAUUA